UUCUUAAAUUUUCUUCUUAAUAUUUUAAUGUCAAGUUAACAUCAGUUACAUGAAUCGUGUAACUAGUGAUAUGAACACGUCCUGUAAUGAUGUCAAAGAUGUAAGGACGUCAGCAGGUGGACAUUACCCGUGUUAUUCGGGCAUUUUGUAAAAUCUUCAUCAUUUAUUUGAUGUUUUUUUAACACUGCCGAGUGUUAAAAGUGACGCAAUUCACGAGCAUGAGUAUGAUGAGUAUUCAUCAGUAGUAUUUCACAUUUCCCCCAGUGCAGUGGCGACGAGGGGGGUAACGACACGUGGGAGUCGGCGGGCUCUGCUCGCUCUGCCCGCUCGCCGGAUCAGCGGCGCGGGAGCGCGCAGCUCGUAGCUCGUACUCGCCGCCGUGAGUCCGCCGCAUGAGGCUCAGCCCCGCGCUCGCUCGCUCGCGUGCGUGCGUUGGUCGCGAUCAUGAGGGCUCGGAGCUCCGCGGAGAGACUCUAACAGGUUUCGUGUCCGAUCCCCGGCGGAGAGCCGAAGGUGGACUAGCGUGAGACAGUGUGGGGACUGUCCCACCCUGGGGACUGUCCGCUGGGGACGGAGCGCUGCCUGCGGCGCCUGCUGCUGGACACGGACUCACGGACGGACGGACGGACGGGCGGGCGGAGUGAGAGUGAGAGUGAGGAGAAGCUGCCGCCGCACACCUGAACUCUCGCUCUUCUUCUUGUCGACUGUUCGAGAACAAUGAGCGGCGCUUCUAGCAACUUUCUGCUCGUGCCGAUCCCGGAAUCAUCAUCAUCAUCAUCAUCAUUAUCAUCAUCAUGUCCCGCUGCGGACUGUGUGUCCAACAGAAACGUCAAGAUCGCGGUCCUGGGUGCGAGCGGCGUCGGGAAGACAGCUCUUGUGGUGAGGUUUCUGACCAAGAGGUUUAUCGGGGACUAUGAGCCGAACACAGGGGCUCUGUACUCAAGGGAAAUAAAUGUAGAUGGAGAGCAGAUAUCUUUGCAAGUUCAAGACACUCCUUGUGUUUCCCUCCAGCAGGUGGAUGCAGAGGGCCUGCACUGUCAAGAGCAGAUCAACCGCUCGAUCUACUGGGCGGACGGCUACCUGCUGGUGUUCUCCAUCACGGACCAGAGCAGCUAUCGUACCAUCCAACCCCUCUACCGGCACAUACGUCGCAUACACCCCAACAGCAACAUCCCAGUCAUCUUUGUGGGCAACAAGAGUGAUCUGCUGCGGGCGAGGCAGGUGGCAACAGAGGAGGGGGAGGCCUUGGCAGCAGAACUCGGGGGUACCUACUUUGAGGCGUCAGCCAGAGAAGACCGUGAGGGGGUGCACGUCGCAUUCCUGCACUUGUGCCACGAGGUGGGCCGGGCUUUUGGAGGGGGAAGCGGGGAGAAACGGUGGGCUGGCCUACACCUAGCAAGGCCCAAAUCACCAAACAUGCAGGAACUGAAGAGGAGGUUCAGGCAGGUGCUCUCCUCCAGAGGCAAGUCUAGUUCAGCCCUUUGACAUCACUACCAAAGAAGUUAUACAGACACUCGGAGACGUGUACAGAGACAUCAGAGACUCAGGAGCAAGUUUGUGACACCUUUCUGAGGAGCAUGUGGAGGAGCAGUUUCAGGGGCAACGUUUGUUGGAGAGAUGAACAACACUGUGGGCAACAAAACUUGACCAGAUGGACAUCGAUCAGUCUGAUGGAUUUCUUGAGGACAGCGGACCAUCAUCAUGGCUCUGCCUUAGAGCCCAUAAACGAAGGCCUCCUACACCGACCUGAGACAAAGAUGUAACCGAUGAGUCCCUUCGAAUAGUCAUAUGAACAUGCCGUUGGAGAUCUCUCUCGUCUCGAAGAAGAGCCGGGCUGGCAGAAGUUAAACUCAUUUUAAGCACCACCUUCACUUACCAGUUUUCACCAGUAUUUAAAAGUCAGGAACUGCGCAUCUCCGUCAUAUUUCAUAAUAUUUUAUACAUAGCUCUUUUUAAAGAAAAUUAACGUUAGAUUCAACACACAUAUUAGUCCAUUAGGUGGGCGAUAUUCCUAACAGUUGCGAGCAUGUUCACCUUGGGGCAGGAAGUGAAAACAGUGCUCAUGACAUCCAGUGAAAGGGUUAAACUCUCAGGCUUUAUAUGGAGAAAAGAAGCCAUCUCUCUGGCCCUCUUUUAACUGCUUUUACACUUCUUUAUUGUUGUUUUUUUUCAUUCCACAAAAGCAAGAAGAAAAAGUAUUUGACUUGUGACACUAAGUCUUUGAGUUGCGCUUCCUCCCCAGGGACGGCGCUUUCCUGAUAAAGACACGUCUUACAACAGUUGUCAUGUUGAGUUGCUCUUUCUUCCGCUGAAAGGGGUCAUCAGCUUUUGCUCCUCAGACAGGAAGCGUUCAGUAAGUGAAAUGUCAUUUCAGAAAGUUCGGCUUUCAGUUUUCCUAAAGGUGUGCUCAUGGCAUCGGUGCUGACGGAACACCGUUGUUUCUAGUCCCGUGGUCUAUGGAGGGAAAUGGAGUAAAAACACAGCCUUAGCUGUGGUACAGCUGUUUAUUCAAUCCCCGCUCUCCUCUUGGCUAAGACUCACUCGUCGGUGUGCUGGCUGAGCUUAAUAUUAAUUUCCAGCCAGAAUUGAUCACCAGCGAUCAGCGAAAGUUACACACCGAUAGUAGGGAGCACAAGU